AUGGCAAGCCCAUUUAUAAUAGGCCUUGCCAUAGCUUUAAUUAUAUACUGGUUAUACAGAAACUCAACAGAUAGACCCAAAAAUUUUCCGCCAGGACCUCCACGCUUGCCUAUAUGGGGAAGUUAUUGGUUCAUACUCUUGGCCAAUUAUCAUUUUCUGCACAUAGCAUUUAUACGUUUGUGCAAAUUUUACAAAACUAAAAUUCUGGGAUUUUUUGCUGGGGCCUUUCCUACUAUUAUCAUACAAGAUCACAAAACUAUCAGGGAAGUGUUAAACAGACGAGAAUUUGAUGGUCGACCAGACAUCAUCAUUGCAAGACUUAGGGAUCCUAAACUGGAAUUAAGAGGUAUAUUCUUUACUGAUGGAGCGUUUUGGCAUGAACAAAGACGGUUUGCCCUGAGAUACUUUCGAGAUUUUGGUUUUGGCAAAAGGUCACCGUCUCUAGAAAACUUAAUUCGGGAUGAUAUUAGUGACCUUAUUAAUUUGCUUCGACAUGGGCCUGAAGAACGUGAUGAAAAUACAGUUUGCCGAGAUGGGUUAGUUCUAAUGCCAGAUUUAUUUUUUGCCGUUUUUAUGAAUUCUUUCAUGGCAGUGUUUACUAGACAGCAUUGGCCGCGAAGUAAACACCAUGAACUUCUAAAGGUGGCCCGUGGUGCAAUGGUGUUUCAGAGGGCAGGAGAUGACAUGGGGAGAGCUCUUUCACAAACCCCUUGGCUACGGCAUGUUAUGCCAGAAUUUUCAGGAUAUAAUGAUCUCAGGGAAGGAAACAAAUGUUUGUACGAUUUUAUGAAAAAAUGUGUUCAACCAACAAUUGAAACUCAUCAAUACGGAAUUGAACGUAACUUUGUUGAUAUCUACUUAAACGAAAUGGAAAGACAACAAACUGACCUCUGUGAAGAAACAUUAACAUCAUCAUUUUCAGUUGAACAACUGAUAUUAGUCGGAAUAGAUUUUUUACUUCCAACGAUAACAGCAUUAACAGCUCAAAUAUCAUAUUUGUUUUUCCACAUUAUGCGUCAGCCAGAUGUCCAGGAAAAAGUACAGGAAGAAAUUGAUAGGGAGGUUGGAGUUACACGAUCUCCAAACCUGGAUGAUAGAAUAAAUAUGCCUUAUACCGAAGCUUGUUUGAGAGAAGUUAUGAGAAUCGAUACUUUGGUACCUAUGAAUAUACCACAUAAGACUCUGGCUGAUACAACACUUAAUGGAUUUGAUAUACCUAAGAAUACUAUGGUAUUGACCAACCUUUGGGGAAUGCAUCACGAUGCAGAUAUUUGGGGAGAUCCUGAAGUUUUUCGACCAGAGCGGUUUCUAGACUGCAAAGGAAUGCUCAAGAAGAAGGACAUCACACUACCAUUUGGAGCAGGGAAGCGACUAUGCGCAGGUGAAACAUUUGCUCGUCAGGGUUUAUUUCUGAUGUUUGCAGGCCUCAUGCAACAUUACACCUUCUCACCAGCGCCUGGUUUGCCCAGACCAUCUGCCAAUAACAAAUUAUCAGGAUUUGUGUUAACACCGAAGGACGUCUGGGUUAAAUACUCACAAAGAUGUUGCUAG